AGCAGAACUGCGAGCGGAAGCUCGGAGCUCCCGGCUGGAGCGCUGAGCUGCGGCCUCCGCGUUUGUCCGGGUUGUAUUCCUGGUGGCAGGUUCUCCUGUGCUGGAUUCAUCAUGAUAACCCCAGAUUUUGAGCUGAGCCAGGAUCCAGAUUUUCUUACAAUAAUCAUCAGAGUGCCUUAUGCAAGAGUGUCAGAGCUUGACUUGUUCUUUGAAGGGGAAGACUUCAAGUUUUAUGUGAAGCCUUACUUUCUUAGACUGACACUUCCUGGAAGAGUUGUGGAAAACGGCAGAGAAAAGGCAUCUUAUGAUACAGACAAAGGGACUUUUACAAUUCAGUUACCUAAGGAGAGUCCUGGGCAGUAUUUUGAAGGACUGGACAUGCUGACAUCUCUUUUAGCACCGAAGAAAUCAAGGACAGCAAAGCCUUUAGUGGAGGAGAUAGGUGUUCCUGCUGAUUUGGAGGAGGAGGAAGAAUUUGACUGGGAAGUAGAGCAGACCCUUCAUAAAGAAGCUUCAGAAGGCCCUCUGUCACUGCAGUGCUACUAUGGAUUUGGGAAUCUGCGCUCAGGGGUGUUCCAGCGGCUGCAGGAUGAACUUGGUGAUGUUAUAGAUGUUAAGGAUCCAGACCAAACUCCAACAGAUGAACGUAGGAUGAAGCGCCUAGAAGCUGAAGCUGCCAAGUUUGAUCCUGAUCAUUACCUAGCUGACUUCUUUGAAGAUGAAGCUGUUCAGCACGUCUUGAAGUACAAACCAUGGUGGGUUGGUGCUCAUGAGAAAGUGAUGGCCUUGCAGGGGGAAAGUAGUCAGAGUGACAGUCCUACAUCUGUGAUCUUCUCUGAGGAAGAGAGAGAACAGCUGAGGAAGUUCACAAAUAAGUCCUAUCUUCUGGAUAAAAGAAGUCGUCAUCAUGUGUAUCUUGGUUUAAUUGAUAUCCUUCUGGCAUAUUGCUAUGAAAUCUGUGUCAAUGAAGGAGACAAAAAUGUUGAAUCAUCUUGGAAUGUCAGGAAACUGAGUGCAACAUUGUGCUGGCUGGAGUGUUUCACUAGCAUUCAUGAUGUCCUGGUAUCUUUUGGGAGAAGGGUGGUGUGCUAUCCACUGUACAGACAUUUUGGAUUGGUGACGCGUGCCUUCAGUGAUACAGUCAUGAUACUGCAGCUGGGAAGAGCUGCAGUUUUGAAAUGUUUGCUGGACGUUCACAGGAUUUUUAGGGAGAGUGACCCUGCCUACAUCCUUAAUGAUCUCUUCAUUACAGACUAUUGCAUCUGGAUUCAAAGAGUCAACCCAUGGAGAAACUCUUCUGCUUUCUAGACCAGGAUUUUACAGCACCUCUGCCUUGAAAUCUUAAUUUCAGACGACCCGAGAUGCCUUGUUGUUACCUGUUCCUCAAAGCUGUGCCUUAAACAAAACACGCAUCUGAUCAUUUAACCUGUAAUUAAACAUUUUCCUUAAGCAACUGACAUCUUGAUAACUAAUAAUUACCUUGUGUGGCACCUUUAAAGCCUACUAGGCAGGUUUAUGUAAGAACACUAUUACCAUAAUAAUAAGAUAUCAUUACCACAAAUGCGCAUAGUGAAUGAGCGUGUCUUAAAGUAAUCAUGCAAUUCCAUUAAUCAUACUUGAAAAAUUAAAGUAUUUGCUGUUUAAUCUCUAAAAUGCUACUCCAAAGAUUUUGGAAGCAGCGGGACUUGUUUACAGCAAAUCUGUAGUGCAUGAUAUCUCAUUGCUGGUGUCUCAUUUUUGUUUCCUUAAUUUUUGCUUGCUUUUCAGCCAAGGAAAUCCUCAGCUCAGAGUCGGUACCUCUCAGAAGCAUUUCCAUGCUCUGAUUCCUGUGCUUUUUGCCUUGUUUUUGUCCAGAGAGUAAUAUCUUAAGGCUGAUGUGUAGUGCACUCCUGAAAUUGUUUUCCUUGAAACUAGUUAAUUGCCUUAAUUGAGAUGGACUGAUAUAUACUAACUGUAAUUCUGCUAAGGAAAAAAGAAGGAAAAAAAAAAAAAAACAACCCAUAGUGCUGUUGUUCAAUUUUUUUAGUUUUUUCAUAGAAGAAACUGGAAAGUUUGGGACUGGAGUUCUGUUUUUAUCUGUAUAUUUGUCAGAAGUAUGAGACUUUGAGGUUUUCCUUCUGUUUGAAAAGUUGAGCUCUGCAGACUUCCAGUUUUUUCUGGGAGAGACUUGAUGAGGAAAGCGGAUGGUGAGAGGAAGUGUUUCAUCUACUAAGAAAUCUGAGUAACCAAAAGAGGCUUUUUUGUGCUGUUUUAAAUCCAAUUAAAAUCAAAUACCUGAUGCAGCUAAGAGCUAAAAUACAGCCAUGAGACUUUGGGCAGCCUGAUCCAGGGGGAGGUGCCCCAGCCCGUAGUGACAGAUUGGGGCUGGAUAGUCUUCAAGAUUCCUUCCAACUCAAACCAUACUAAAAGUUGGUGAAAAUAAUGUUCUAGGUUUUUAAUGACUGCUCAGAAGACUGCUAUUCUGGUUGGUCUGAUGUGAUUUUGGGGUGUCCAUGCAGUUGGAGAAGGUUGCAUAGGUCUGCGUGGUCUGCACCCUUGCUCGAUUCUGAGCCGUGCUCUGUGACCUUGUGUGUGGUGCUGGCUGUCGCUGCUCCAUGGGACACAGCUGUGAGAACUGAAGCAAUGCAGUUGUAGAUAGCAGGAGGACAGAUGGAGGUGUUGGCUUUUUGCAGACAUGUAGCCAUUCAAGCAGAGUGUGUGUUCGUGCUGUUGCUGUUAGGAUGGCAGGGCAGGCUGUUCAAACAAUGGCAUCUUCUGAUAAUCCUUUGUAAAGAUCAAAAGCAUGUCUUCUCCCUGUAGUUCUAGCCUAGCUUUUGAGAAAAAGGGGCACACGUGAAUCUUGAAGCCACAGUUGUUUUACAAGUUAAUAAUCAUUAUUUUGUACUCUGUUUUGAUCAGUUAGGAGGUAAGCUGAGCUGUUCAGAAGAAUGCCUUUUGUAGCUUUAUGCUGUCCAGCGAGACCAACGUUUGUCUGCUGCUGUCAGACACCAAUGUUUUCAUUCAUUCUCUUUGAAUUCAUUGACAGAAAUGCACUUGAGUAUACAGUGCUCAAAAACUGCAGCUUUACACAGCCCAUUCUUUUAUCUGUUGGUUGUAGUGCAUCUCACUGUAGUAAAGCAGUGUGUGGUGUCAGGCACUGUAUUUUCUUCUCACCUCUUAUUAUUAGUAAUCUGGAGCACAGUGGAGUAUUAUUAAUGUAGAAAUGUUCAAAAUGCCAUACAUCUCUGUAAUACUUGACUCCUUCCUGUGACAUGUUCCUGUACCUAAGGUGUUAACAACAAUUAAGAGAACAGUGAAAGAAGAGGGAAUUCUAAGUGAUUUCAAGGACUGAAUAUCUCAUAGGAAACAUAUCUAUGAAAUAGUGCAGUAGUGGAAAUACCAACAGAAAUACACAUAGUAUUUCAGGAAACAAGGUGACAGGAGGUGAUAGAAGAAAUGAGUGGAUAAACAGAACUUGAAAAAUUGACUGUCUGUAAUGGCAGAUGGAGAGCAGGUAGCUGGAGUUGAAGAUGCACUGCCAAAGGAAAUUGUGCAUACAAUUGCUCAUGGAUGUCCAUGAAAUUAGAAGGAACUGCAUGUGAAAGAGGUACAGAAUAUUAUGUCACAGUGCACAUUUAGGUUGUGGAGCCUGGCUGUCCACAAGGAUAUGACAGGACAGCAAAAUAAACGAAUUGCACCUUGGUGUAAUGAACCUCCCUUACAGUGGGAGGGGACAUGCACACGUGGUGUUGGAAACUGUUUCCCUACUUCCUUCCAAAGCAAAGAAUAAAAAGAUUUUCUGUAAGGGAUGUGAACUUUGGUGACUGAAAGCACAAACCAGCUUCUCUCCAAUGAGUUCAGGGAACAAGUUUCCCUACAAGACAGAUUAUUCUUACUGCUUACCUGUGAGGCUUUAGGAACCUUUUCACUCAUUGGUUUGUUUUUUUGUUCAUUCUAGUUUGCAGGAAAAUGCUUUCUUUGUUCCAAAUUAGGUUGGAAACUUCUUAAACACUACAUAACUUAAAGUUCAAAUUCCUGAUAAAAAGUGAAGUAUUAUGCCAGAAGAUCUGUGUCUAUAAUGCCAAGUAAGCAACUUCUGAAAAAUCUGGAACCUGUGUUUACACUGAAGGUUGCUUAGACUUACGAUUUAGUUUUUAGACUGGAGUUGCUUAUGGUAAACAACUUCCUUAGUUUUCCACUCUGUCGGUUGGUCCAAGGAAGGUUAAUGAUUGCAUUCCAAGUUAGGCUUUGAAAUGCUGCUCUGUGUAGAAUGGGUAAGGAAUUGCAUUGCAUUUCCCUUCCUCCACAUUUAAAUACAAUUCCUUUAGGAGGAAAAAAAAAAAAAAAGAGUAUGUUAUACUGAGUAAUUAUCCCCCCUGGGAAAUAGAAUAUAAAGAUCUUUAAAAUCAUUCAGCUGAGAGAACGAGCGCUUUAACUUCUGCCUCGCAGGAGUCAUGUAUUACAUUAUCAGCUACUUGCUCCGGUGUCAGUGUGUCGUGCCUUGCAGGUUAGCAGGUUUUGGCAGAGGAAAUGAAACCCAGUUGGUUACUGCAGGAUUUAUAGUAGACCUGCUGUUGCAGGAAGUGGUGAAAAGUUGAUUGAUAGUCUAAGGCAGAACUGUGCAACAAGGAACAGGAUGUAUGCUUGGGACUGCAUACCCGCUUUCCCCUCUGGCUGCCUACCCAUUUCAAGGCAUUCUUUGGCUUUUUCUUCCCUCUGCUUAUAAAUCUGUGAUGGGCUUUCCUGGUAAAGCGUGAGCUGACCUGAAAACACUUAAAGAAAUGGAAAUUUCAACUGGAAUACAAAGAAAGUGUAAAGCACAGUGUGCAGCCGGUGUAAAUGAGCAUCUCGUGGCACGGAGGUGGCUGAGAAGAUAUCACAGACCCAAAGAGUGGGAAGUGUGGGAUAAGUAGUGUGGUUGUAGGAUAGCUUCUCCAAUUAGACCAUUGUCUUUUCUGUGUAAGUAAAUGCAUGCGACUCAAAAUAAAUCUUGUACUUUUAUUGAGCAUAUGUUUUUAAUAGGUGCUAAAUGUGUGUGUGUUGGAGGGCAGAUUGGAUUUAAUUUCAAAUAACCUGUAGAAGAGCUGGGAGGCUGUUUAAAUAUGUAUAAUCAGGACAAAAUCUGAAGACCCUUGAAGACAUUAAAUAGUUCCAGGAGCAUUAACAGUGCAAGUUCAGCACUUUAAAGAAUGAAAGCCUCCUCAGAGGUGGACUUGUUUCAGCAAUACACAGUAAGAGAAAACAUCAGAGAUUUCUUUUCUGAAAAUCUCUGAAGUCUUUCGGUGGGAUAUGGCCAGCCUUGUGAGAAGUCACCCCCAAGAACAGUAAUGACACAUCCUGGUAUUUUUAGUGCAACAUUUAUUUUUACAGUCAUAACUGAAGUAAGCAGUUGUUUGUAAAAACAAGUGACCAGCCAGUGUUUAGGGCUUGUGUUCUCCAUAUCAAUUGGGAAUAUUCUGUUUGUGAAGUUAAAUAAUACGCUUUGUUCUUCUUAUUAAAGGUCAAAAAAGUUGGCUGCACUUUCUAAAUCCUUGCAGAAAACCACGCUUACAAAGUCCCACUUAGGAUUUGAGCUCGAAGAGCUCGAAGC